AUCGCGCCGGUGACCUGUGCUCCCGAGGGGGUGUUAUUAUGGCAUGUCUUGUUCAAUGCCUUUAUUGGUGAUACGGGUUUAAGCCCGACCCUCCGCAGCUCCUCCUCCGGGGCGGCGCGUGUGGCUCUGCCCGAGUCCCGCAGCCGGCGCUCGGCCAUGGCGAGCCUUCUGAGGCGGCGCGUCGCUGCCGCCCGCCGCCUCGUCUUCUUCCCGCCGCCGGCGCGGCGCAGCAGCUGGGCUCUGCCCGCCGCCCUGCUUCGCCGCGGCGCGUUGGUGGGCGGCCGCUGGGUAGAGACGACCGCCGCGUUCCCAGUGCGGGACCCGGCCAGCGGCGACGAGCUGGGCCGGGUGGCCGACUGCGGGGAAGCCGAAGCGAGGGCGGCCGUGCGGGUCGCGCACGAAGCCGGCGCCGCUUGGGGUCGCCUUCCCGCUAAGGAGAGGAGCGCCCUUAUCCGCAGAUGGUACGAGCUGAUGAUCGAAAGGAAAAAAGAUCUGGCGACGAUCAUAACGGCGGAAAACGGAAAACCUCUGAAAGAAGCAGAAGGGGAAAUCCUAUAUGCUGCCUCAUUUCUGGAGUGGUUUGCAGAAGAAGCUCGCCGAGUUUAUGGUGAUGUCAUUCCAGCAUCUGCAAAAGACCGAAGAAUCCUGGUGCUGAAACAGCCAGUAGGAGUGGCAGCAAUUAUAACCCCAUGGAAUUUUCCCAGUGCUAUGAUUACCCGGAAGGUUGGUGCAGCUUUGGCAGCUGGCUGUACAGUAGUAGUGAAACCUGCAGAGGACACACCUUUAUCAGCAUUAGCUCUUGGAGAGCUUGCAAACCAGGCUGGAAUUCCAGCAGGAGUCUAUAAUGUUGUUCCUUGUUCAAGACAGCAGGCACCAGCUGUAGGGGAAGUUCUGUGCACUGAUCCAUUGGUAGCCAAAAUAUCUUUUACGGGCUCCACUGCAACAGGAAAGAUACUGCUGAAACAUGCAGCUGGCACUGUGAAGCGAGUUUCCAUGGAGCUUGGAGGGCAUGCUCCUUUUAUAGUGUUUGACAGUGCUGAUGUGGACCGUGCUGUUGCAGGAGCCCUUGCUUCUAAGUAUAGAAACUCAGGUCAGACCUGUGUUUGUACAAACCGUUUCCUGGUGCAAAGGGGGAUCCAUGACAAAUUUGUAGAGAAGUUUGCAAAAGCCAUAGAGAGCGAGCUGCGUGUUGGAAGUGGAUUUGAUGCAAAAACUACCCAAGGGCCAUUAAUUAAUGAAAAAGCAGUAGAGAAGGUAGAGAGACACAUUAAUGAUGCAGUUUCACAAGGAGCAUCCAUUGUGACUGGAGGGAAACGACACAGCCUGGGGAAGAAUUUCUUUGAACCAACAUUGCUGAGUAACGUUACGACAAAAAUGCUUUGCACACAAGAGGAGACAUUUGGCCCUUUAGCACCAGUUAUCAAAUUUGACACUGAAGCAGAAGCUGUUGCUAUAGCAAAUGCAGCUGAUGUGGGUUUAGCAGGAUAUUUCUAUUCCCAAGAUCCAGCACAGAUCUGGAGAGUUGCAGAGCAGCUGGAAGUUGGAAUGGUUGGUGUAAAUGAAGGCAUAGUCUCCUCGGUUGAGAGUCCUUUUGGUGGGAUAAAGCAGUCUGGCAUAGGGCGAGAAGGUUCCAAGUAUGGCAUUGAUGAAUACUUAGAAAUAAAGUACGUCUGCUUUGGAGGCUUGUAGCAAUCUUCAGAAAGCACAAUCCCAACAUCUUGGAAAAGACUGCUAUAGUUUUAAAAGCUUUCUGAACCAGAAAUAUGUCAUGAAUGCAAUUUUUACCUUCUUGAAAAAAUAAGCAACCCUGUCCUGUAUGCGAGACAUAUUGACAACAUUAUGUGCCACAUGUUUUUACAUGUUUGUACUACAUGAGUACGUUGUUUUUCAGCAGUGUGAUCACAGUGCCCAUUACCUGUGAAAGGGAGUAGGGAAGAAUGCACGUUUAUUAUUCUUAGAUCACCCUCGUUAGCAGGGAGAACUUGGAGAUUGCUGCAUUAUGAAAAUAGAUCAUAAUCUGUGUCAAGGGGAAAACAGACCACUUUUUUCUACUGCCUCUGUUUGAGUGUGUGUAGGAUGGGGGAA